AUGACGAAUUCUGACCACAUUAGUCUCUUUAACUUCGCUGGAAGACAAGUUCCCACGCUUUCAUGCUUUUUAGGUCCGCGCGAGCGCAUGUCCCAGAAUCAGCGACCCCAGCGGACUGCUUUCGUUGCGUCAUACGCGGGUCCGCGUGGAAGCGCUGCAGCUGUGCCGCAGCGUAGAAACGCUGAAGAACGAAUACUUGUGUGCCGGAUCAAGCAAGCGAGUUGCACCGUGAAUACGCAUUUGCAUCGAAAAGCGCCUACCCAGCUUUUGUCUGUGGAGAGCGCGAGAUGGCCCGGCGGCAUGCUAUUCAGCAAGAGGCAACAGCGUCAUCAACGACAACGAAAACGGGCGCUGGCGCUGUGCGCUGAGGCGCCACACCCCGGGAAGCCACAGCUCUUGGUACAGCGAGCCGCAGCGUUCGCUGGACAGGCCGCUGUCCUUGGCCUGCUCUGCUAUCUCCAGUUUCUUCUAGGCAAUGGAUCCUUCUCCAUUAUGGACAACACGGAACCCAAAUUCGCUGUAUGCGCAAAGAACAUGCUUCGAACGGGGAACUGGCUCAUUCCGCAAUGGAAUGGACGAGUUCGCUUUGAUAAGCCUCCGCUUGUUUACUGGCUCCAGGCUGUCGCAUAUCGUCUGUUUGGAUUUACGGAAAGCGCCACGCGACUGCCGACUGCGCUAGCAGCUUGCGCGGUAACCCUCAUGGUGUACUGUUUCAGCGUAGGCGCCUCCAGCGACAACAUGAGAAAGCGGCAAUUCAAGGGCCUGAUUUCCGCCGCAGCAUUCGCCUGCAGCCUCUAUGCAGUCGGCUGGGCCCGAAGUGGUGUCUCCGAUAUGGUCUUGUGUGCAUGCAUCACAGCGUGUUUGGGGUGUUUCGCAGCCGCCUAUAUCUCGGAAACAAAAGCGACCCGUUUCGCCUGGUACAUUGGUAUGUUUGCAGCUGCGGCAUUGGCACUGCUCACGAAGGGCCCCCUGGGCGUUGCGCUCCCAGCCCUGAUCGUGAACGUCUUCCUCGUGCUCGUCGGUCAAUGGCGUGCGGUUGUCCUUCACGAGAUUCCCUGGACUCGAGGUGUUCUCCUCGCCGCUGCAAUCGGUCUUCCGUGGUACAUGCUCAUUAUCCGUGCAUACGGGCUAACCUAUAUCAAGGCCUUCUUCGGCUAUCAUAAUCUGGCCCGCCUGACAAGCGCUGUGAAUGCGCAUAGCGGCCCCUGGUACUACUAUCUGGCGUGUCUUCUACUGGGGUUCCUUCCCUGGGUCGCAGCGUUACCGGUUGCACUUGUCGCUGCCUAUCGUCGCUCCGGCUUCGCCGCAGCGUCGAGAAAGUCGUCGCGACGCGAGCAAAUCCCCUUAUUCAUCACCACCUGGUUUCUGCUUACAAUUUCGUUCUUCUCCUGCAUCCGCACGAAGCUCUUCAGUUACAUACUGCCUGCUAUACCGGCUGCUGCUCUGCUCAUUGGCGAAUACUUCUCAGGCGUGGAUCCGCGCAAGCCAGCAGACUGUGGGCGCGCAGAGCGUCUGAUCACUGCGCUGGCAGUCAUCAUAAUCAUGGCUGCAAUGGCGCUGCUCUGCCUGCGACUCGAAUCACUCAUUAUCGGCAGCAGCGGAGGAGCUGGCGACCCCUGGAUUCUGCGGGUCUGUCUCGAACAGGUGCGAGCUCAGAAGCUGGUCUGGCGAGGCGUUGCGCCCUGGGUGCUCGGUAUCGUCGGCGUUUUGGUGACCUGUUCCAUCAGCCGCUGGUAUCGUUAUCUGCCCACAGCUAUGGCGGCAAGUUUUAUGCUCUUUCAAUGCAUGUUCCUAUUGCCAGCGAUACGUGUCUGGGACCGCGCCCACCAGCAGCCGCUUCGCGAACUAGCCCAGUGCGUUCGCAGCCUGCGUGAGCGAAGCGAGGCCGACCUCCGCACCGACCGGGUCUACAUGAUGGUAUUUGGAUGGUGUGAUGGUGUCCCCGAAGGCCAGCCUUCGGUUGUUUGGUACAGCGACUUUGAUGGAUGGCAUUUUGCUGAGCGUCCCGAGGAGACGCUCGCAGACAUUGUGCUCAUGGCACGACGCGAUGAUCGUGCCGAACGUGUUUGCCUCGUUUCCAGGCCAGCCGCGGACGUUGCACCAAACUACGCCAGUCUAUGGUCGGCUUGCUGCGAUGGAAUCGCUGAAGACGACCUCCGCGACGCUAAAGAUGUGCUGAUCCUGGCGGAUACAUCGAUCUGGCGGACGAUUCCCGGGCAGCUGCCGGAUACCAAGGUCAUCGAGCGACGAGGUCCAUUUGCGCUCUAUCGCGUACCGCCACGAGCGGCACUGCGAGCAGUACAAGCGAUACGAAAUCGUGGUGGUACAUACGCUUUCCAACGUGAUCGUCUUGACUUGAAGAGCAUGGAGCCAGCUUCGAAUAUGAAGGAGUAUCCUUGA